GCAACCUCAGACAAGACGGCCGCACGGUGAUGGAGAGCCUCGUUCUUCAAGCUUCACACAGUGUCUGAAAGAGUCCGUCCCGCCAUGCUCAACUCUCACCUGUUGCUCUCCGUGUACAUCGUCACCUUUCUGAUGGGAGUUCCUGCCAACAUCCUGGCAUUCUGCACCUUCUGCCGCAAGGUGCGCCGCAAGGCAACCCCAAUAGACAUCCUCCUCCUCAACCUCACCAUCUCCGACCUCAUCUUCCUCGCCUUCCUGCCCUUUAAAAUGAAGGAGGCCUCGGACGACAUGGCCUGGCUGCUGCCCUACGCCCUGUGUCCCUUUUCUGGCUUUAUGUUCUACGUCACCAUCUACAACAGCACCCUGCUCCUCACUGCUGUGAGCGUGGAGCGCUACCUUGGAGUUGCCUACCCCCUCAGGUAUUCCCUGUGUCGUAGGCCGCGCUACGCCGUGUUGGCCAGCAUUAUGUUCUGGGUGGUGACCUCUCUGAACCUUAGCAUCGUCUACAUCAUGCCCUACUCCCAGUGGAGCAAAGGGGCAGACGCUGACGACAAGAAUGGCAGCACCACCAGCGACUCUGCCCCACCUCCACCCACAUGCUACCUAAACUUCACGGAGGACGAGCUCGAGAUCCUGCUGCCAGUCCGCCUGGAGCUCUUCUUCGUUCUCUUCUGUGUCCCCUUCAUCAUCUGCUGCUUCUGCUACGUCAACUUCAUCCUCAUCCUGUCCCGUCUCCCGAACAUCGGCAGGCGCCGGAGGCUGCGUGCCAUCGGUCUGGCACUCGGCACACUGAUAGUAUUUGCCGUCUGUUUUGGGCCUUACAACGCUUCCCAUGUGGUAGGAUUUGUUCGUAAGGAGAGUGAAGACUGGAGGAACGUGGCAUUGCUCUCCAGCACCUUCAACGCCUGCCUGGAUCCAAUUAUCUUCUACUUCUCCUCGGCGGCUGUCAGAAGCAUGUUAAGUCACUGCCGCAGGAACAUCACCGCAAAGCUGCACAUCCUGAGGUGUGGAGGCGAGCCCCACUGUCCGCAACAGAGACCCUCCAAGACAGACAAAUAUAGGGAAGAACCGCGUCCUUGA